AUGGCCAACGGGAAGAGGAGACACCGGGACAGUGAAGAUGAAGAGAUGAACAAGGAGCAAAUCAAGAAGGCCUCCAUGGACUCUACCAAUUACGAUUUUUUCCAUGAUAAACCCGAAGGCGAACAGUUCAAUGUGUUCCCACAGAUACUCGAGAUUUGUGCUUCGUCAUUCACACAACCUCAGCCUCGGCCUCAGACUGAACCCAAACCUCCGCGCUGGAAACACAUCGAGCGUGACAACCGCAUCUACGUCAACCUAGAUGAGUUGGACAUUCGAGGUGUUCAGGUCUUUGCGAAUUGGAGCAUGGACCACGAGAAGCCUACCUUGAUCGCCAUCAACGAUAAUGAGGGAGACAUCCUAGACGAUGUCAUCGUAUGUUAUCUCACAGCUCGCAGAUUGCGCGCUUACUUGCUGUGCGAUCUCAUUCUCUUCGAAGCUUGUGAGAUUGGAAAGGAAACAGAACUGAUCGCCAGAGAAGAUCAGAUCAUAAAAGCGCCGGAAGACGCCCUCCGCAUCUUCCUAGCUACACUUGUAGCCUACAAACGCCGCAAUGGCUUGGCCAAUCUGAUCACAGGAAAAGAUCCUCGCUCAGACAGGCAGCGAGCCAGAUUCAAUCGUUUGCCUGAAGACUUCCAGUUUGAUCUGAUGAAUGAGCUUUCCAAAAACUCAGCAGCACAAAACCAGUGCUACAGACCAAGAAGAUUCCUGAAGGUUGUGGCAUAUCACAUGCAGAAGAAACAAGAGAAGAGAGCGGCUGCCGAACGAGCUCGUCUUGAGGCAAGAGGAAGUAGAGAGUCGCCUUUGUUUGUCGGCGAAGAGGACGAGGAAUAA